AUGCUCGAAGAGCUCACGCUUCCAUCAUUCACAUGGCGAAAACCGAAAAAUGACGCGACCAGCGUGGUCCGCACUUCAGUAGAAGUCCAAACAUCGGCGAUAGAAAAGAAAGACGCGCAAACCGAAGCCAAUAAUCAAAUUGAAGUCGGCGUUCAAACCGACGAAAUCGGCAAAGGAGAAGGCGAUGCGAGAAGUGUGAAAAUCAGUCAAGAGGUAGUCGAUCUCCUAUUUGAUUUCGUUCACGACGAUUCCCGCGUCAACUACAAUCGCCUUCUGGAAUUCCAUCGAUUCGAGAAAAUCGAUUUGGAAGUCGUUCAUCGAUAUCAUAUCGAGACGCGCAAAGAGAAUGUGCUGAAAAUGCUGUCGAGCUCAUCAAGGAAGACGGUGAUACUGAUCGGAAGCGAGUCGCACGACACAUUCUGCUCGCAUCAGGCGAGAGCCAUCAUUUGCUCAUCGACAAUGAUCUUCUCGAUUCCAUUGGCGACGUGCGCCUUGUCGGCCGCCUUCGUCAACUCCUAUCAAAUCGCCGUCGCCGAAUUGUCGGGAUUCGUGAAAUUGUGCACAAACGGCGAGAUAUUGUACGAGCAGCAGCUUCAUAAUUCGGCCAUCACAUGCGUCGAGAUGACGAAACACGGGAUGUUGUCGGCGGCGGACAACGGCGAAAUCGCUCUGUGGGGCGUCGGCAAGACGGCGUUCGAGCGCCUCAAUCAGACGCGAAUCGUCGUCGCCGAUUUGCCGAGAAAAAUUCGAAAAUCGUCGACGUCGACGAAACCCGUCGCGAUUGUCAGCAUUCAAGCACAUCGGAAUGAGUGCUGUGUGGCGACGGAAACGGGCGGCCUCUAUGUGAUGGGCGUUCCGUCGCUUCAAACCAAAAUCGUCAAUCAUUCGCCGGAAUCGAUUCGCCAGAUUCUCUAUUAUUCGCCGCUGAUUGCCGUUGUCUAUCAUUCGAAUAAUGUUCGAAUUUUGACUGUCGAGCGCAUCAUCGAUGAUCUCAAUAUGAAUGCGACACACGCGAUUCGAUGCGGUUCGUACUUCAUCUUCUCCAACUCUCGCCGCCUAUUAUUGUGGUCGAUCGAAACGCGCAAAACCGCUCUCGACAUUCCGCUCGAGACCGUCGCGAUCAGCUCGAUCGGCUCCGACGUGCUCCAGCUGCUCGACGCCAACUCAAAUCUCGUCUCAUAUUUCAUUAAUGACAAGUUAUAA